GCUCUCACCAGCUCAUACCCUGCAUUCAUCAUACGUGCCCCAAGCGGCGAAUGACCCACUUGCUGCUCACCUUCUGCAAUCCUCCGCAGUUCUUGCCUAAUCACUUCCACAAUCUUACCGCAACUAACUAAGAUGCCGCCAAGCCAUGAAACGCCCUUCGUUUGUACCUCGCUCCCUCAGUUAACCAAAAUUCGAAGACAUGCCAGGCUUCUGGAAUGAAUCAUCACUACAAAAUGCCGGCGUCAUCUCAAGCUCUGCUCUCUGUCCGCCGUUCACCCCUCUCCGUGCGACCUUCCUCACUUCCCUCUCGUGCAUCCACACUCUCUUCCACCCAUCUGAUCCACACGCUCAUUUAAGUUACUCAUUCACUUCCAUCAUGCAGCCCACCAUUAUACUCCUACUCAUUCUCGGUGCUCUGACAUUUGUGCACAGCGGGCCCAACCCUGAAAACUAUCACGAACGCGAAGUCCCCCUCGGUGGCCGCAGCAGCAAGCAUCAGCGGCCCGUCCAAGUGCUCGGUGGUGCGGACCUCCUCAAACGUACUCCAACCUCCCACCACCAAGGCUUGAAAUCUUCGAUCGUGUCCUCAGUGGCAGGCGACCUGCACUUGCAGAAGCUGCCGGACCUCGCUCACCUCAGCUGUCCACGCGGUUGGACAAAGGUGGCUUACGGCGAAGCGAUCGACCACAGGGGUGACAUGAGCGAGGUCGAGCUGCGCAUGUCAAUCCUGGCUCCGCGCGCCAGCAGCAGAAACAGCAACCAUAACAACAGAAGCCACAAACACUCUUCUUCGGGUAUCACCUGCCAGGGUGAGAUGUGCUGCUACAAGUUCGAAAACGUACGUGGACCCAAGGGGAUCCGCGUGAACGAAGUGAACAGCUCUACGUCAACUAGCAGCAAGGGCAGCAGCAGCAGUGGUGGUGGGAACAACACCUCGAACACCUCUGAGAACUCGCUUGUCAACGCUAGCGGCGCAACGAUCAGCGUUUGCAUUUUGGCGAUUUGCAAUGCAUGCAAGAACGGCUGCAAGUAACCACUCUUCGCUGAGUGCGUCGUGCAGCGCUUACCAUGAUUCAUGCAAGAAACCUGCUUGGGCAUCGUCACUUGGCUUGCGUUGGCGACGUCGCUGCUUUCACAUGCCACCUGGAUGUGAGCUGGCGUCAAAUUUCGCUUUUUUUCUGUUCGUCCCUCCCUGCUAUGGCUCAAUGUCUUGUUUUUCGGAUGCCCGCUGGGGCCCAAGAGUCGUACUCAGUUCCAUGCAGCACGCACUGCUCUGCUCUCGCCUCUCGGGCCCGCCAAUUGUAGUCCUUCUGUCUUCUACUUUACAUACUUCAAUCUAGCACGCUCAUCGGAAUCCAGCAUAUUAUUGGCUUUGGCAUUGCGCAAUGUCCUGCAAGGAGACUCUACGUGCUGCCAACCCCCCGUUAAAACUAGUACAGG